AUGUCCAAUGAUAUCCAAAAGCAAUAUGAUAAGUUGGAUGAUGUUUCCUCUAUAAUACUUCGCAUGAAGGAAGUUUAUGAGAUUCCUGAUAGGCAUAUUAGAUAUGUCGCUAUAAAAGAAUUCUUCAAGAGCAAGAUGGCCAAAGGAUCGUCUGUACAAAGUUACGAGGUUAAGAUGGUAUCCCUAGUGGAGAAGCUUGAAAACCUUAAAGCUGGGCUUGACAAUGACAUGUAUAUUGACGUGAUCCUUCAGUCACUUCCUCCAUCCUAUGACCUGACUAUUAUUAACUAUAACAUGAAUGGACUUGAAAAGUCCAUUCAUGAGUUAAUUAGUAUGCUGGUCCAAUACGAGGUGACGACCCACAAGUCUACGCCGGCGGUAUUGGUAGGAGAGGUUUCAACCUCCAAAGCGAAAUGCAAGAGGGCUGGAUGCUGGAAGAGGAAGAAGGGCAAGGGAAAAGUCAUCGCAUCCAAACUCCCGUGGAAAUGGGCAAAGGGAAAGGAAAGGUUGGCGAUUCUCAACGGUCAAAGGUGA